ACUACACAUUGUGUUUGUAUAAAAAAAAACAAGCAACAAUGGUUGAAGUACUCAAGUCAACAUUCGAAGAACAUCUUCCACUUAUCGAAAGCAGUAUAAAAAGUGCCGACUUCAUAGCAGUCGACACAGAGUUUACAGGGCUGGAGAAAAGUGCCAAGGAAAGAACAAAUUUGUUUGAUACCACUGAGGAGAGAUACCAGAAAAUGAAAUGUUCCAUGUCAGAGUUCACAAUACUACAGAUAGGAUUGUCAGCAUUCAGGAGGCAAUCCAGCAACAGUUACCUAGCCACAACUUUUAACUUUUACCUCUACCCACCUUCCUUUGGGCCUGUUGAUGUCCGCUUCCUUGUUCAGGCAUCCAGUUUCCAAUUCUUAUGCAAGUAUGAUUUUGACUUCAAUAAGUAUGUUUAUGAUGGGAUACCAUACCUGAAUAAACCUCAGAUAUUUGCAGUAAAAAAAUAUCUCCAUGCCAGGGCCAUGAAUAAUGGGAGACAGAGGGUCAAUGAGGUUGACGAAGAUGUGCUCCAAGCAUUUUGUUCACGUGUGGCUGAGUGGCUGGUCCAAACAGAGAAUGAUCAAAGUGCAGUACUGGAAGUAGCUGAUGAGGAAAUUCCAGAACUUGAAUAUGUAAAAUCCUUCAUACUGCGGGCAGAGCUCAGAGAAAGAUUUAAAAACAUUUGGAUUUCUGUAUUAGAAGGUCAGCAGAGGAUUGUACGGAUAUCAAAAUUGAGCAAGAUGCAGAUGAAGAAUGCUAUGGAGAAUGAACAAGAUAAGGAAAAAUUACUUGAUAAUUUGAAAGGAUUUACCAGAGUUUUUAAGAUGUUGAAAGGAGGUGUUCCAAUCAUUGGACACAACAUGUUCCUGGAUCUGUUGCUGAUGUAUGACAAGUUUCAUGAACCUUUACCAGAUACUUUUGAAGAGUUCAAGAAAGAAAUGCAGAAUGUUUUCCCAUAUGUUUAUGAUACAAAACACAUUUGCAACAACACAAGGAAGCUUUACAGGGAUUCCUCACUGAUAAAUAACUCCUCACUGGGGAUGCUGUACCAGAGUCUCUCCAGCCCUGAAGGUCAGCAGUUUGUGAUCGAUACGCCAUCUGUAGUCCAUGCCACUGAUAAUUACAAGGGGAAAUCUCUGCCCCAUGAAGCUGGAUAUGAUGCCUAUAUGUGUGGCUUUGUGUUUUUGAGACUGUCCCACAUACUGACGUUCCUAGAUGUAAAAUCUACAGAAGUGAGACCUUGUCGGUUCAGUCGCUACCUAACAGAGAUGAAACCCUACAGAAACAAGAUAAACAUAAUUAGAGGAAAUGUACACUACGUGCGUUUAGAUGGUCCAGAUCCACCAUCCGAUCGCACUGACUUGCUGUUUGUCCAAUCAAAAGACCCAUCAUACGAGCUACAUCCCUUACAGUUGAUCAGAUGGUUUUCUCGGUAUGGCACAGUAGAUGUUCAAGUUACCAACUCACAAAGAGCUUUAGUUGCUACAACGCAUUAUAAAUGUUCGAAGGAUAUUCUUAAAGCUUUCAGAAGUCACCAAAAUAUCUCAGUCACAAAGUACAACAAGUGGAAACAUUCCCCAGUGAUCAGAAAAUGCAUGUGGGCUGGAGCCAUUUUGUCUGGUGGAGCUUGUUUGCUGGCAUUAUUGUCAAGUCGCAAGAAGGAUUGAGAAAAAUCUUUUAAGUUUGGAAGUAACCUGUUUAAGAUCAACUGAUUCAACCAUGUGAAAGUAACCUGUUCAAGAUCAAAUGAUUCAACCCUAUUAAAUGGAUGAUGCCAGUCAUCCAUGUAGGAGUUACAAAUAAAAUCCUACAUUAUGGACAGUCCAAGUGUUGUGUGUAGGAGUUACCCUACAUUAUGGACAGUCCGUGUGAUGUGUGUAGGAGUUACCCUACAUUAUGGACAGUCCACAUGAUGUGUGUAGGAGUUACCCUACAUUAUGGACAGUCCACAUGUUGUGUGUAGGAGUUACCCUACAUUAUGGACAGUCCACAUGUUGUGUGUAGGAGUUACCCUACAUUAUGGACAGUCCAGGUGAUGUGUGUAGGAGUUACCCUACAUUAUGGACAGUCCGUGUGAUGUGUGUAGGAGUUACCCUACAUUAUGGACAGUCCGUGUGAUGUGUGUAGGAGUUACCCUACAUUAUGGACAGUCCACGUGAUGUGUGUAGGAGUUACCCUACAUUAUGGACAGUCCAUGUGAUGUGUGUAGGAUUUACCAAUAUAAUUCUACAUUAUGGACAGUCCACAUGAUGUGUGUAGGAGUUACCCUACAUUAGGGACAGUCCACAUGAUGUGUGUAAUACUUACCCUACAUUAUGGACAGUCCACGUGAUGUUUGUAGGAGUUACGAAACAUGGUGUCUGCAGUAACGAAUGUGGUCUUACUUUCUGGAUGGUCAAGGUGAUGUAUCUAGGAAUUCCGAAUACAGUCCUACUUCAUGGAUAAUCCAUAUGGUGUAUACAGUAGAAACAGAACUCUGCAGACAAAACAAGCAUAACUGUCUGUAAGGACAAGUACAGUUGUCCCCUAGAGAUCCUUCCCAAAUCAAUGGACGGUGUCUAUCAUCUUUGAAGGAAUAACACCUGCCAUCUUUGUAGAAAUAUAAUCUUAAUAAUUCACAGAACUGGAGAGAGAAUUGGCAUAGACUGUGAUCUGUGUUUCAUUAUACUGUGAUAAUUGACAUUGUUAUUGAGACCUGCAGUAUGGUUUUUGAAUUUUUGGGUGUCAGAAAUAUUAAUUAAAAUGGAAUAUGACAGAUAUUCCCAAGCAAAAAAUUAGAAUCAAAAUAGGAAACUUGCUUUGGAAGGCAGCAUGCUGUUGAAUACCGUUUUAACAGA